AUGACGGCGAAGCUCAGCAAGUCCAUCAGCCUGCCGGGGCUUUACAAGCUGGGCAUGGAGAAGCCCAAGGGCUUCGAGGGCAAUGCGCGGAAGACCACCCUGGGCUUCAAGGUGGGCGGCAACCUGCGCUCAGCCGUGGACCUGAAGCGUGGGCCGGAGCCCAGCGAGAACGGGCGCCAGCUGGCCAGCCUCAUGAAGACGGCGAACUGGCGCACGCUGUACAAGGAGCCCGAGGAGGAGUUGGAAGUGAAGGAGGAGGACCUGGUGCCGCGGAACAUGCGGCAGCCCAGGCUCAGCCCUGCAUGGCUGAAGCACGAGAAGCAGGUGCUCAGGUGGUACGGCUUCUUCCAGGAGUCUGUGAGCGAGCGGGCGGACGAGAACGCGAGGUACCGGCAUGUGUACAUUAUGUACUUCAUGGAGGAUGGCACAGUAGGCAUCAACGAGCCCAAGGUGGAGAACUCAGGCAUGCCCCAGGGCAACUUCCUGAAACGUCAGAAGGUGAUCAAGGAGGAUGGCAUGCAGCUCGGCCCCGACGACUUCCAGAUCGGGCAGGAGAUAUGCAUUGUGGGCCACACCUUCCACAUCUGCGGCUGCGACCGUUACACACGCUGGUUCUUCGAAGAGAAUGGCCUGGAGCUGGCAGAUGACGAGACGAUGCCCGUGGACACUUGGCAGGUGAACUAUCGGAUUCGGAAGGCCAGAGAUCACGGAGGAAUGCCUCUGACCAAGGGCGUCAUGGCGGACAAGGCCUUGUUCCGGGCCCUUGGCGGCAUCCCCCCCGUGGACAAGAAGUUCGCCCAGUUCCUGCUGAACGACCGCAAGGUGCUGCGCUUCAAGGCCUAUUGGGACGACCACACGCCCUAUGGCGCGCGAAUCUACCUGGUCCUUCACUACUACCUUGCGGAUAACACCUGCGAGAUCAACGAGUCUUUCUGCCGCAACUCCGGCCGAGCGGUUUGGCCCGUCUUCAUGAAGCGAGGGCCUCUUCAUAAGAGCAACUUCGUCAAUGGUGUGCCUGGCAUGCUCUCCGCUGAAGCCCCGCGGUACCUGCCUGAAGACCUAAAGGUCGGUUCAUCCAUCAACGUUUGGGGUAGGAAUGUAGUGCUCUAUGAUUGCGACGACUUUACCAGAACCUUCUACCAGGACUACCUAGGCCUGGACCAGUUCGAGGGCCGCAUCGACGUCAGCGAGAAGCCGCUGACGCACACCAAGCUGCUGCCACCGCCCCACACCGGCGUUGGCAAGGAAGAAGACUCCUUGCUCAACUGCACCAUGAUCCAGCCGAAGCCGCCCAAGAUUGACCUGGAGCGAAUGCUGGUGCACGGCAGCGAGGCUUUGCGCUUCGAAUGCAAGAUGAUCAACGGCGAGCCAGAGGACGAGCUGCGGAGGUUGUGCAUCUCCUUCUACCCGGCAGAUGGUGAGCUCUCGGCCUUCGAGGUGCCGGUGCGCAACAGCGGCCACAUGGGAGGCAGAUUUUCGGAGAAGCGGAUGACCAAGAAUCCCGCCACAGGUGAGCACUUCAAGCUGGCUGACCUUUUCGUUGGCCAAGUUAUUACUCUCGCAGCUCAGCCUCUGCAGAUCAUCCGAGCAGAUGAGCGCUGCUUGCAAUUCCUGGAGGCUCGGCCAGAGGAGUUCCCCUACGCAGAUCCUGUCGCCUGCUCCAAGCGUCUGCUGCCUUUGGCAGACACCGCGGAGAUGCAAGACCCGGCUGGCAUCCAUCCCGACCACCUCAAGGAUCUCGCCGCGGAGGCUGGUAUUGCGAUGGUGGAUCACGAGAUCAUCACGCUCUUGCGCAGCUUUGGCGUUCCUGGUGAGACAGGCUCUGACCAGCCAAAGGUCAUCGGGCCAAAGGUUUUGGAGUGCGCCCAGAAGUAG